AGUAGACAUAUUACUUUUUGGUCGACCUGUCACAAAAUUUACAAGUGAAGCCAGUUAAGUCCAGUCAGACCAGAGGAGUCCUCCUCUGCGGAUGGAUCUAGAAGAAAAUAGAAAAAAUUAAAAAAAGGAAAAAAUGUUGCAUUCAAAAGCAACAGCUGCGUUGUUGAGAUUGAAGGAAAUGGAUAGGAAGUAUAAUAUAAAACGCAAUGAGGGUAAACGAGUUCACAAUAGUAUUAGUACUGAAAGUUCUCCGGAAGGCUCUCCAAGGAUCCUGCAAGUUAAUUCUAAGUCUUUAAAUAAUAAAUAUAAAUCAGAAGAUCCAAUUUUACCAAUUAUACUUGCAGAAAAAGAAAUAAAAUCUAAGGCAUCUCCUAAAUCCAAAAUGGAGAUUGAGAUUUCAAUUAAUCAUGAAAAAGGUGAUGAAUCUUCAGUCACUGAUAGCCUAACCUUGAAAAAGUCAUUUAUGAUGUCUCCUGAAACAAAAUCCAUAAUUGAAAAUAAAAAUAUUGAAAUUGGAGAGGAAAAAGAUAUUUCAAAGACAAAAGUAUCUCCAAAGAAUAUUUUAACUUUGCAAACUAUUUCUGAAGUCAAGGUUAAAAUUCCUAUGCUAGGAUCUGGGGAUUCCUCACGAAACAGUGAUGAUUCUUCUGUUGCUACAGUACUUUCUAAACGAUCAGAUGUUUCUGAAAUAAUUUCAGAAACUAUUAAAUCUGUGAACGAGAUUUCAUCUAGAAAAAGUGAUGAGAAAUCGAAUAUAUCUAGAAUGAUAAUGAUCGAAGGUAACGUUUCGAUAUCUAAUAUCGAUGAUAACGAAACGACAAUAGAGGAAGUUAUCAGAAUAAGUGAAGAAAAAAGCGAAAUCACAACCGAAUUAUCACAUAUAAUGGAUAAAAAUAUUUCUAUAGAAAAAGUUUCUUCUAGAGAGGAACGAAAGAUACAUUACGAAGAUGAUACUUUUGAAGAAGCUUCAAGUUCUGUUGAAUCAUCCAGUUCUAUAGAAGAAAGACUAAAGGAUACUUUAGAAGAGGAUACUGUAAUUUCUGGGGUAAAACAAAUCAAGAUUACUCCACACAAACAAACAAAAAUUAUUCCGAAAACGGUCAAUGAAGACAGAGACAGAGAAAUCGUGGAAAUAGUUCCGCCAAAAAUAAUGCAGAGCAAUAGCGAGUGUGAUAUCGGCCUUGAUGAGGAGCUAUCGAAUUAUGUAAGAACGACAGAAAAUGUUGACGAAGCAGUGCCUAUUAAUCUUCUAAAGCUAUCUAAACAAAUAACACCGAUGAAAAAGCACUUCAAAAGGAAAAAGUAUAGGAAGUUAUCCAAUGAAAUUGCAGAGGAGAAAACUGACUCUUCCGUGGCUUCUGAAUAUGAUAAAUUGGAAUGUAAAGAAAACAGCAUAGAAACUAAUGUAGGAGGAAAAGAAUCUAUAACGUCUAUAAAAAGUAUAAAAAGUGAAAAAAAGAAAAUUUUCUUAUUGAAUGAGCAAAACAAGGAAGAAAACAUUGAUGAAAUAGAAGAAAAAAAAUUAAAUAUUAAUAUAGAAAAUAGAGAUUCGGAAAUGAUUUUCAGAGAAGAUAAAUUUUUAAGAGAGAUUCCAAAACAAUCAGAUGUAACCAGUACUUUACGAAAAUUGAAUAAGGAUGCAAUUAAUGCCAUAGUUAGAAGAAACAGGAUUCAAAUACCAUUAGAAGUUUCAGACAAACCUAUACAUUGUAAAAAUUGUAAAACGAUAGUGAAGCUUGCUCCUACAAAUAUAAGUAGUAACAUAGAUGAUGACAGUGAUGCUUCAUCUUUAGAAAAUAUUAAAACGUUCAAAGAAUAUAAUCACGAAGAAAAAAUUAAACAGAAAAAAACUAAAAACAAAAAGAUUUCGAAGUCAUCAAGAAGUCGAAAAUCAUCAAAUUAUAGCAAAAUUGAAGAAAAGCAUUCAAGAUUCGAUUGCAAACAAACACAUCGUUUAAAAAAAUAUGCAGCAAUUUUAAAAUUGCAACAAGAACGUGAAGAUAUCCGUAAUUACUUAUUGAAAUUAGAACAUACGCGAUUAGAAUUUGAUCCAAAUGAUUCUAUGAUAUUUCAAUUACCUAUUUUUAAACCAUUGGAGUUUCCAAAAAUUGCAGCAUUUAUCAAGCCUGACAUAGAAAAUACAAAGUACAAUACCAAAGAUGAAGUUGCUGAGUUACAGAAGAGAAUAUUAACGAUAAGGCAAUGGCUGAAAGAUCAAUACAUUCUUUAUAGGAACUACAGCAAUCUAGCCCAGACAGUGAAUUCAAAAUAUAUUCCUGUUAGCUUGGAGGAUGCAAAAAGAACGAUUCGCCAAUUACAAAAAGCGACAUUUAAUAGAUGACUAGUCAUUUUUGUGAACUUGGCAACUUACGAGACAUAUGUAACGCUAGAAUAAACAAGUUUUUUGCAAUCAUGUAUUAUACUUCUUAUGUAAUGAUUGUCAAUUUUUCUUCCAUUUUGUUGUGUGUAAUAAAAUCGUCUUAAAA